GGCACCGCAGCUGCCCGCUUCCAAUCCGAAUCUCAACCAAAAUCACAGUCAGAAUUUCUCAAAGGCCCCCGAAUUGAUUGUCUAUUUUGAAUAUCACGCGCGCCUCCGUCGACAGUUCACCAAACAGCGCCAACGUCGGCGCAUCAAAAGCGGCGCAUCGUCGCACGUCGUCAGUCGUCGUCAGUUGCUUUCGUCCGUCGUUCUCGUCGUCGUAUCAUUUAGUUGUUAACUAGACGUCGUCGCGUUUUCGCACCAACAACCACCAAUCACCAGUCACCAACCAACCACCCACAAACACAUCACACAUCCCAGCCAAGAAACACGGAAAGCAAGAGCAAAAAAAGCAUCAAAGAGAGGCGACACACAGCGGAGAGAGAGAGACACGCAAUAAGACUGAGAGAGAAUGAGAGAAGCGCACGCAAGGAGCGAAUGAAGCGUCGAAACAGAAACAGAAAUGAAUUAAAUGUGUCGAACAGAGCCGAAUUACUAUUAAAUUUUUUAUUAUCGUUUCGCUGCUCGCCCUGAACUUGUCCCCGUGAUCGUGAUUAAUGCUGUUUAAGCUAAAAACAAAACAAAAAAACAUAUAAAAAGCGCCUAAAACGCGUCUCCAAAUUGAACAACGGCAAAGCGUGCUUAUUUUUGAUCGGUUUUUUGGCCUUAUUUAAUCCAUGCAAAUAUAAAUAAUAAAUAAAUAACUAAAGACGCGCUAAGCUGUGUGUGUUUUAUUGACCCAUGUAUUUUGCAAUUUUUAGAUACUAUAAAAUGUUUAUAAAUAAAAAGUAAAUAUUUAAAUAACCCACACACACAAAGAGAAAUUCAGCGAACGCAAAAAAAAAAAACUGCUGAUGCUAAAAUUUGCCAACAAACUGACAAUUAAACCUAGCCGCACACAGGUGCGUGUGUGUGUACUCGUAUGUGUUUGUGUGUGUAUGUGUGCAAUCGCUGAUCAAUUCUCAUGUGCUGUUGACAACACAAAUUCGCCCUGUAUGCAAUAAUUAAUUAAUAACAAGAGCAGCAGCAAAAAACGCUAUCAGCAUCGUCAUCAAUAAUAAGCUGAAACAAGGCGAGCAAAAAAAGCUCAAGUGGAAUUGACAAAUUAAGAGCAGCUCUCUCUCUCUCUCUCUCUGUCUUUGACGUGAGCUUUUAGGGCGGCUUAGAACUGUUUGAAAUUUUUCUUUCGAUUCGAAAUUUUGAAAUUCAAACAACAUUUUAUUAAUCUACAUAUGUGUGUGUGUGUGAGUGCGUGACCUGAUAAGCACACUUACAUAAAAUAAAGUGUGAGCAAAAAGGCAGAGCAUAAGAAAAAGAAAAAACAAGAAGUGCACAUGCGUUCCAAUUUCUCUGAAGUGCCGCUCAAACCGCCUCGACGCCAAAAGCUCCAGGACAAAGAGAGUGAGCGUGAGCAAGAGCAAGUGCACGAGCACGAGAGCGAACACGAAGACGAAUGCGAUCAUCAGGCGAGCGAGAAACUGUUGCCGCUCAAUCCCAGAAGCAUGUACUCAAAUUUACGCUAUGCACGCACAAAUCUCAGCCACAGCAACCUGCUGCUCAGCCAUCAGCAAAGCUCAUUCGAUGGCAGCGCACUCACAUCGACAGAGCGCACCGAGAGCAGCGAGACGCUCGAUACACCGUUAACCCGAGAGUGCGAGAGAGAAUGUUCUCAGCGAGAGAGAAUGCUCGGUUUGCCGCGGCAACUGUCUUCGGGUCGCAUUGUCGCCGGCGGCGCUUCGGUAAAUAGUCGCCGUUAUGCUUUGGCCAGUGCACUGCAUGCAACGGCAAAGCUGGCGGCCAGUGUUGAUGCCUACACAGCGGCAGCGACUGCAGCCGCCGCCUCUACAACACCAACCGAAUACAGUUUGUAUGAUUCAUGUCGCCCGCUAAGGCUUAAUAACAACAGCAGUCAGCAGCAACAGCACCAGCAUCAGCCAGCUAGCAAUCUCAGUCGUCACACCCACUCGGGUGCGAGCAGCAACGUUAGUUCGACGCGGUAUCUCAGCAACUACAGCAAUUUGCAUUCGAAUUCGCCGCACGCGAGCUCGAGACGCUUCAACGCGCAGCUAGCAGCGUCUCAACUGCCGUCGUCGCCGCCGCUGUUGCCAUUGCCAUUGCCAUUGCCAACGUUGCCAGCAGGUGCAGGGGUAUCCGCUUCAAUAGUACAGUCCUCGUCCAGUGCAUAUCCAUAUAAGUUACGCACGUAUCAAGAGCAACAAUUCUCUCGUUUUCAGCCACGCCGCAUCGCCCGCAGCAGCAUGUCGCAGUCCGGCGAAGAUCUCCAUUCGCCCACUUAUCUCUCCUGGCGCAAACUUCAGCUGAGUCGCGCCAAACUGAAGGCCUCCAGCAAAACAUCCGCUCUUUUAUCGGGUUUCGCUAUGGUGGCCAUGGUGGAGGUGCAGCUGGACAAGGAUACUGGUGUGCCGCCCGGGAUGCUGGUGGCCUUUGCCAUCUGCACCACAUUGCUGGUGGCGGUUCAUAUGUUGGCCCUGAUGAUCAGCACCUGCAUUCUGCCCAACAUUGAGACAGUUUGCAAUCUGCACAGCAUCGCGUUGGUGCACGAAUCGCCGCACGAGCGUCUCCAUUGGUAUAUCGAGACGGCCUGGGCAUUCUCCACACUGCUGGGACUCAUCUUGUUUCUGCUGGAGAUUGCGAUACUCUGCUGGGUGAAGUUCUAUGAUCUUAGCACAACGGCUGCCUGGUCAGCGGUUGUUGUCCUCAUACCGGUCAUGAUCAUAUUCCUAGCCUUUGCCGUGCACUUUUAUCGAUCGCUCGUCACGCACAAGUACGAAGUGACCGUGUCGGGUAUACGGGAACUGGAGAUGCUCAAGGAGCAGCUGGAACAGGAUCAUCUCGAGGUCUCCAACAAUACACGAAAUAAUGGCUUCAACUAUGGCGCCUCCGGUGAUAUUGUUUAGUCUCCAUAAUGCAAUCCCACACUAUAUAUAUUUGUAAAAUCUAAAAAGACAUAAUGUGCGCCCAGCGAGGACUGAGGAGAGGACAGUGUAGAGGAGAGGAGUGACGAGGGGCUGCACGUGCUGAAGCCAGACAUAAAUCUUUAGACUACAUAUAAAUGUUGAGUAAUGUGAAUUAUGUUUGUUGUGGCUAAAGCAAAUUGUGAUACGCAUAAGGCAAUACAUUUUUUGUACUACUUUAAAAAACUAUACACGAUAUUUUGUAUAUUAAUACUACAUAUAUAUAGUAUAUAUGCGAUUACAGUGGUCGCUGGCAAAUGUUUAGAACGAAUAAUAGUGCUAUUUACAGAAAGUAAGUCAAUUCAUUUUAAUAUAAAUAUUUUCCUAUUUCAUAAUGUAUUUAAAAAGUGUUCAAAAAUGUAGUUAGUAUUCCUGUUUUUUAAAUUUAAUGAUUCAAAUAUUCCAUGUGGAAAAGUUUUCUAAAACAAAAUCUUAUAAAUUAUAUAUAUAUAUAUAUAUAUAUGUACAUAUAUAUAUUGGUUUAAAUUUCAAAUCAAAAAUGUAUGAUUGUAAUAUAUGAAGCCCGAAUUAUAAAGCGACCACUGAAUGUGGGACUCAGUCUGUAAGAGUUAAGACAACCACACACAUUUAUUGGUAGGCCUAUGUGUAAGCGAUAUCUCGUCGUAAUUUAUACAUGCAUAUACUUAAUUAAAGGUUUUACUUUACUAGACAACCUA